AUGAACAAACAUAAUAAGUCAUCUAAAAAAAAAUCACCAGAGAAUAAAGAAAAAAAUAAAAAUUUUAUUAAAGAAAAAGAGGAAGACAACAUCAGCAAUAAUGAUGAUGUAAUAAAUGCUGCUGCUGAUAAUAAUAAUACUGAUGGUAAUACAAUUCCUUGUGGUUGUAAUUAUAAUUAA